AUGCGUGGUCAGGUAGAUUUGAUCGACUUCCAGUCGUGUAGUGACGGUGAUUUUAAAUGGUUAAUGAAUUACCAAGAUCACGCAACAAAAUUUCUCCACCUGCGACCUUUAAAAUCCAAACACGCAGCUAAUGUGGCGGAGGAAUUGUCGAAAAUUUGUUUUACAUGGGGUGCGCCACAAAUAUUACAAAGUGACAACGGAAGAGAAUUUGUUGCUGCAGUUAUUAAUGAACUGACAACAAUUUGGCCUUUCUGCAAAAUAGUACAUGGUCGCCCUCGACAUCCUCAGAGCCAAGGAAGUGUCGAACGAUCCAACGCAGACGUUGAGAAUAUGGUUCGAGCGUGGAUGCUGGACAAUAGGUCUACAAAUUAG